ACACCUGCGACCAUCAAGGCUCAGUAGGAGACGAUCUGACCUCCCUGUGUGACCUCAGGACUCGCGCUCUCUCACUGCUGCGAACUUGAGUACCUGCAACAGCGGGCCAAUAUGAAACCGCUUCUCUUCUUGGUGGCGUCAUUGGCGGCCAUACACGUGUGUUCCGGCCUCUCGUGUGUGCCUUGCGGGGACGUCAAGUGCAAACGCCCGAGCGGCUGCGCAUUUGGCACCGUGAGGGACGUCUGCGGCUGCUGUUACCAGUGCGCGAAGGGCCCCGGACAAUCCUGCGGCGGGAUGUGGCUCCUGAAUGGCAAAUGCGGCGACGGCCUCAAGUGCCAGCCCGUCGAUGGCCAACCGAUGUUCGAUUUGCAUGAGGAAUACCUCGACGGGGAGUGCGUGUCCCUGGCGCCCCCCAAGCCAGCUUCCCUUACGCAGCUGAACCCCCUGGCUGGAAUCCAAGGGCAAGCAGGAGGACCCGGGGCCUCGGGACUCGUGGGCAGCAAACGCGUAGGCAAGACGAAGAAGCUCGCGAAGCAGCACUCGAUCCAGCUGUACGGAGGAAUUCCUGAGAAGUACCGGAAGCUGUUGAGGCAGUCGAGGCGGAGGCCCAAGCGCGAGGCCUCCUCCCUCUUGGGCCGUCGCGCAGGAGGAAAGCACAGGCUGGCCAAGGUGCACUCCUACACUCUCUCCUCAGGGAUCCCGCCCAACAUCGCUGCGUUGCUGAGGCAGUACCGAAAGAAGCAGAAAAGAACGAGACGUGAAUACCAGUAACCCGGUGGAAGAAAGCCAGCCGAAGAAAGCAGAAAAAAUGCUCCUGCAAAUAAACUUAUAGAACUAGGCAUAUAGUAUGGCAUAAUAAUUCAUAAUUUCCUUCAUUACCAUUUAAUUACUGGAAUAAUUUGGAAAGCUUAUGGCAGAUGGUUUGUGGAUAAAUGCUUGUUCUUCUGUGUUAGACAAUCACAUUUCAUCGUUUAUUGAUAAAUUUUGCCCAUCUGUAUUCAAAUAAAAUGCUGAACGUUGACAUUGA